AUCUCAAUUCCACUCCUAUCCACUUAUCCCUUUCCUACUGCUUGGUUGCCUUUCACCCCCGUUGAGCCUUUUACCCUUACAUUUGCACCCCACCAUCGUUCUCGUCAACCCAUGUCCCGCCACGUCGUCCCGACGUUAUCUCCGUAACACCCUUCUCGACAAGCGAGGGUCGCUACCGGUUUCGUAGUGACUUUCGUCGUCGGGAAUCGCGUGACAUGUGCGUGAGGAAAUACCGGUCCCACUCAGAUGGUUCCGAUUUGUCGAGUGGUUGCGACAAAUCAGCGUGUGAUCGACGUUCGCGUGAGUGAUACUUGAUUAAAUCUAUAUCGUGAAAAAAGAUCAGCAAGAGAUCGAAGAAAUCGUGCGACACUCGGUGAUCAAUCGUCAUUAGCAAGCUUCAUCGUCGCAGUGUGUCGAUAGCGAAGGACAAAGUUUCUUGAGAAGGAGAACAUCAAAAAUUACGUUCUCGCGAAAUACUUUUUUCGUCGAAGUAAACGACGGAUCUCCGGUGUCAUGUGGUAUAUCCGCUAAGGGAUCGAGUGUCCUUUCAAGUAAUUACCGAGCUCCCGAAUAAUUUCGAACGGAUCUUUUAAUGCGCGAUAUAUCAUUCUCGAUAUUCUCGUUGUUUCUUAGGUUCUCCAAGCAAGUUAUUUGUCGCGUAAGCGAUUUUAAAGUGAAAAGUCGCGAUUCAUCAAAGGAUGGAAAGAAAUCGGAAGAACACGCGAUUGCGUGGAAGGACAGGAUUUGUGUCCACGUGCGUUUUCUCUUGAGAGUUACGACGUGCGUUCGUACAAUCGCAUGCAUGCGUGCUAGAUAAACACGUUACGUGAUUACAAAUCAACAAACAGGGCGUCGUUGGUGAUGUUUAUUGUGAGUAGAUGUGCGGUAUAAUUGCAAGUUUACCGAUUGAAAUGUGUGAGCCGAACUUGUAUGAAUACGCGGCGAGUAUUUCGUUUCGAGAUUUCCGUUUUUUCUUCAAAAUUUCACACAAACAUUUUUUUAUCCAACGUAAAUUAAAUUGGAUUGGGUUUUGAGAGAAAGGGAGAGAGGGAGAGAGAGAGUAAUCGCAGAAAGCAGAAACUCGCGAGCAUCACUCGGGAAGCAUAGAAGAGAAAGAAAAGACGAAGUGACUGAUCGAUUAAAGACACAGAGGAAGCCACGUCUCUUGCAUGCAAGAGAGGACUCGAGUCGUCCGAUAACUGUUAUCAGUUUAAAGAAUCAUUGCAAAAACUGUCGUGGAAACACAAAAUGUUGAAAAAUAAUUGUACAUCAUAAAAGAGAAGAAAAACGAUAAUAUCUUCGCGCAAUAUCGAUAUCAUACGUAUUUAACCGAGUGAUCUGGAUAAAAAUGUUGUAAAGGAAAGAAUCGGAAAUUGAGUUGAAAGUGAAAAAAAACUGAUAUGCGCGAUAGGGGAAAUUGAUGCAAUUCGGACAACGCUCUUCAAACGAAAUUCGGAUAAAACAGCUAUAAAAUUUUUGGAAUCGCGAUUGCCGCCGCGGCAAUCGCGAUUAUUAUUUGGGAACGUCGUUGUAUAAAAAACGCAACGUGUCAAGAGAAUAACCGGAAGUAUCAUCAGCACAGUAAAAGGAGAAAGAGGGAGGAUCGCGUAAGUCUGUAUUUUUAUCCUCUCGCGGGAAAUCAGUGACCGAAGAUAGGAGUCAACGAGAGUCAGGAGGAUACCAUCGCCUACCUACCCUGUUCUUUAUCACCGUGACCGGCAAAUUGAUAACGAGUCAAUCGUCACGUUUUGAGAAAAUGAGCCGUGUUCGUGAGGAAAGAAAGAAAAACGCACAAGCCUGUAAAAAGAGGUUUACGUAAGUUUCCGAAAGCUCUUUUCUUCCCCGCAUUUAUUGAUGCUCAUUUCACAACUGCACACCGGGGAAUUAUUUUCAAGUUUUAUGAUAGAUCUAUCAAACGUGCUUCUCCGCAUCGUUCACCGAUCGUAGAGAAAUCGCUUUCAGUCAUCGCGUACAAACGAGAGAGAAAGAGUCACUUUGAAAACAAAAAACGCGUUAAUUAAGAUUACGAGAAAAGAGAAAACGUGUUUUAUGACAAAGAAAAAGUCACAUGACUCGUGCAAAGAGAGAAGAUAAUCCGAAAAAUCAACGAUAAGAAAACGAAUUGAGACGAAUCGAGCGAAUCAAAAAACAACGGACAAAAAUAUCGGAAAGGAUAUACGUUCGUGGAAGAUUCGUCUUGGUGAACUUUCGACACGGCAAUCUAUCGCGGCGUACCGCCCUUCACGGUGAGCUUAAAGAUAUCACGAGAGAGAUCCAGGAUGCGCCCUUCCCACGGGUUUGUCGGGAGUAGCAGCCGCUCUAUCGGGAACAGGAAGAAAUGAAGUUAUCAGUGUCGGCUUAUACAGCUCAAGCCAGUGCUCACAAGAAUCUCUGUAGUUAUCAGCAACAGCGGAGCUACGGAGCUACCAAUCAGGCAUCCACGGCCCGGACCCCCCCAGACCUCGCAACGGUCCUUCCUGUCCUCAAGGUGGACCGGGCGGAGAAGGAAGAGGGCCAGGGGGAAUGUGGUCCGGUGCCGUCUUCAGCGGGCUGUAGCGGCGCUUCCAGUUCGAGAAUGGGUCCUGGGCCUGAUUCCGGCAGUAGCGCCCCAUCAUCAGUUCCCCAAUCGCUAGCUACUUCGAGGGACGACGAGGACGAUGAAGAUGAUGAGAGCAGCGGCAGACGAUCCAAUGGCCACGGAGGAUCGAGAACAAAAAGUAAUCAGCGAUGGAUGAAAUUGCGGACGACGGUACAAUUGUCUUCGGCGAUCUCGACAAUUCAGAAGAAACCGCCGCUAAAACGCGAGGACUCAUUUCUGAAGAGAUUUUCCACGAGACAAAUACCAGAGAGUCAAGAAACGCUUGACACCGGCGAAGGCGAAGGUGACGCGACCGACGACAAAGAAGCCGGUAGUCGGCGUCGCCGGCGGCCUCGUAGGCCCCAGAAACCUCCCAAAACCGUGAUCAAUCCCGAUGAAAAUUUUUAUUAUUACUGGCUGAUGUUGCUGUCAGCCUGCGUCCUUUACAAUCUUUGGACACUGAUCGUCCGUCAGAGUCUGCCGGAACUGCAGGCGUUGGCACCCACCGCCUGGAUCGCUUGCGACAGUUUCACCGACGUAGUGUUCAUUUUGGACGUGGUGGUGCAGAUACGCACCGGUUACCUCGAGCAAGGCCUGAUGGUGUACAACAGUAUGAAACUGGCCGGUCACUACCUCAAAUCUAAAUCGUUCGUGCUGGAUCUGUUGGCGCUGUUGCCGCUCGAUCUCCUGCAGAUGAAUCUCGGCAGCAACCCUAUGCUGAGGUUCCCGAGGUUCCUCAAGAUCUACCGCGUUUACAAUUACUACUACAUGGUGGAGUCGCGCACGGUCUACCCGAAUCUCUGGCGCGUGCUCAAUCUUAUUCACAUACUUCUCAUAUUGGCGCACUGGUUCGGUUGCUUUUACUACUUACUGAGCGAGGCCGAGAGCUUCCAGGGCGAUUGGGUCUACCCGUACCGGCCCGGCGAAUACGCCACUCUGACCAGGAAGUACCUCGGCUCUCUCUACUGGUCCACCCUGACACUUACGACCAUCGGUGACCUGCCUACACCGGAGACCAACGCCGAAAACAUAGCGGGCGGCAAUCCCCGGAGCCUCGCUCGUCGCGGCCGACUGUCCCGGCUUCUGCAGUUCAAGCAUAACGAAGGAUAUGUCUUCACGAUAGUCAGCUACUUGAUCGGUGUCUUCAUAUUCGCGACGAUCGUUGGCCAGGUCGGUAACGUCAUUACCAAUAGAAACGCUAAUCGUCUGGAGUUCGAGAGACUCUUGGACGGCGCCAAAACUUAUAUGAGGCAUCACAAGGUACCGGGCGGUAUGAAACGACGGGUUCUUAGGUGGUACGACUACAGCUGGUCGCGUGGCAGAAUACAGGGCGGCGGUGACAUCAACACCGCUCUCGGUUUGCUUCCGGACAAGCUCAAAACCGAAUUGGCGUUGCACGUGAAUCUCUCGGUGCUCAAGAAAGUUACUAUUUUCCAGGAGUGUCAGCCGGAAUUUCUUCACGAUCUCGUGCUGAAGAUGAAGGCCUACAUUUUCACCCCCGGUGAUUCGAUAUGUCGAAGAGGCGAGGUCGCUCGUGAGAUGUUUAUAAUAGCCGACGGUAUUUUGGAAGUGAUCAGCGAAACUGGCAGAGUCCUUACAACAAUGAAGGCCGGAGACUUUUUCGGCGAGAUUGGUAUACUCAAUCUUGACGGAUUGAAUAAACGCACAGCUGACGUUCGUUCGGUAGGUUAUUCCGAACUGUUCAGUCUUUCACGGGAGGACGUACUGGCUGCAAUGAAGGAUUAUCCGGAGGCACAAGAAAUCUUGCAGAAUCUUGGCCGGAAGCGACUGAUGGAAGCGCAAAGAGUAGCGCGGGCAUCGCGCCAACCUACAUCGCCUGGACACGAUUCCUCCGAUAACAGUACCGGCAAGAGGAUUGUCGAUAAGCUGAAAAGUGACGUAAAAGGCUUGAAGAACGUAUUAAGAAAGAGCAGACGCAACACUCGACCGGAGGAGAGUCUGGAGCUUCAACCACUAACGCCAAAACUGCCGGUUCUGAAAAGGCAGCAGAAGAUCGACGACGGUCAAGACUUGUCCUUGCCAAAUAGCCAGGAACCACCACCAGUGUCACCGUUGGGCGCUGGUCUACCUCUGCUAUCGAGACUCAGACUUCUGAAAGAGAAAGAAGAAAGAGAAGAACGGCGAAAUUUAAUGGAUACAUCGCAGAGUCACACCGCAGAGCAGUGUGUGCAACAACAACCGCCGCCAUCGGAGGCCUUGAAUCCUACUAAUCCGAAUUUACCGUUCCUGCAAAGGAUUCUCUUGCUGAAAGCGAAGAACGAAGAGACUGGCCAAGCGGAGAAGGAGCCGCUUACAAAAGAACCCCUGUUGUCCAAAAAUAGUAUUCCCGAGGAAACGCAGUCGGACGAACAGCCGUCCACAUCUACUCAGACUGGUGCCACCGCGACUUCCGCUGUGACGUUGGAAGCCGAAACGCGAGAAACCAAUAUAAUCAAAAAGCCUUGGACCACGCUGAAAAACGCGUCUUUAAAAAUUCCCACCAAAGGAAAUUCGCCUCAGAAAAGUCCGCCGACCAGAAAGCUACAACAGACCAAGAUGUACGCUUCCGUCGACGAUCUUUCGCCGGAGUAUUGCGGUCUUCCGUUUGUUAAGAAACUUAAAAUUCUUAACGAAAGGCAAAAGCUGGCCGAGCUGGAAAAGGCGGUCAGAAGUUCGUCUCUCGACUGCGGCGAGAACACCGAGCCGGAAUUUGACAGUAACCUUACAAGAAGUCAUUCGGAAGCCUGCGCCAUUGAGUACGCCAGAAAGCUUGCUAAAUACAAUCAAACGACAGCUUCGGAACAAUUGUCGCCGGAGAACGAAACGCUGGAGAGGCGGAACCUGAAGAGUAUUCUGAAGAAACUGUCAGCCAGCAGUAGGACCGGCAGCAGCGAGACCUCGGCAACGAGCACGCCAGAUCGCGAGGCCGCGACCGCCGAGCUCAAGAGGCUGAUGAGAGCACCAACGAUCGAGGGUUAUGCAGCGCGGCACUCCAAAUUGUCCAAGAGUGUGACUUUCAAUAAGUACACGCUGCAAAGCCCGCCAUCCGAGCGGCCCUUGUCCGAGUGUCAAGAUCAGCCGUCACUGCCACCGCCCAAUAAAUUCAGUUUCCGUCCUGUAGGCAGUGUCGGCGUCUUGCAAACAGUAUCUCGAGAGGAGGAGUGCCUAGACGAACUGUUCUCUGGAGUCGCCGACGUCAUCAAGACUGGUCUGGAGGCUAUACAAAGCAAAUUUGAGCGACAUUUCACGUCGCUGGAGUUGGAAGUUCGCAAACGCGACGAGAUAAUUGCGCAGCUGCAGACGCGAAUACAAGAACUGGAGCAACAAGAAUCGCGCGGCGAGGACGAUUUCGGCGGGGACAGCACAGAGCACGACGCUUCCAUGGAGGAGGAUCUCGAUGAUGAUCACGAGGACCAUCCUUUCAUGCGAGACAGUUCUGUGGAUACCGUUCUAACUACGAGAUCGCGUGAGCGACAUUCGUCGAUCGGGUCGAGCUCGCGCAGCAGACGAUCGUGGGAAGAACAUUCGGAAAAAGAAACCCUGGAGCUGCAAGAGUUGCCUAAUUCGAUAGUGCCUCAGAGACUGUCGUGUGAGGAUGUGGCGAUUGACUUGGAGUCGAACAGUGACAGCAGAUCGGACGAGGAGUUCGAUAUCUAUAGCCGUCGCAAAGAUGACAGUGAUGAAGGUGACGAGGAAGACGACGAGGAAGACGAAGAUGAGAAGAUUUUACGGCAAGAUGGUUACAAUAAUUGGGAAGUGGCUUUAUUGGCGAAGCAACUCGAAGCGAGAAGAAGAAGCGGCGACAAUGCCAGCCCGGGUUCCUAGCGCAUUAAUGAGAUUCUAGAAAUACUGUGUUACCU